CCGCGAAUGUCCACUGAAAUCUGCCCGUGAUUUUAUUGCCACAAAGAUUCGCUUGACGAAGAAGGCUACCGAGGAUCUCGGAAUUGGGUUUUAGCAAGUUCCGUGUAGGAAAGGUCCAACUCAUCAGGGAAUCCUCAACACCGGCACCAUGGGGAAUCGAGUCGAGAAGAGCCAGCAGAAGAAGAAACGGGGAGCAGGUUUCGGUCAAAGCAAGCGGAAAACGGACCAUACCCAGAUUGAAAAGCUAGAGAAGGCCAUUAACGAGCUUGACCCCAAAGAGGAUUCAUUCAAAGAUUUCGCUGACCUUCCGAUUUCCGACAUUACCAAAGAAGGCAUAAAAGCCAAUCACUACUCAGUGCUCACCGACAUCCAGGCCAAGGCCAUCCCAUAUGGGCUGAAGGGAUCCGACAUACUUGGAGCUGCGAAGACCGGGAGCGGCAAGACCCUAGCAUUCGUCAUUCCGGUGCUAGAGAACCUCUACCGCGCACAAUGCAUAGGGAAAGAUGCUGGCCUAGGCGCGAUGAUCAUCUCGCCGACGAGGGAAUUGGCGAUCCAAAUAUUCGAAGUGCUCUACCGGAUUGGACGAAAGGGACAUCUUUUCGCCGCUGGACUCGUCAUCGGAGGGAAGCACUUGAGAGAAGAGCAGGAUGCGCUCGUGCGGAUGAACAUCGUGGUCUGCACACCUGGUCGCAUACUUCAACAUUUAUCCCAGACGGUCAAUUUCAACGUGGAUAACCUUCGGAUGCUGGUUCUAGACGAAGCGGACCGUAUCCUCGACAUGGGUUUCCAGAGAGAUGUGGAUGCGAUUAUCGACUACCUGCCCAAAGAAAGGCAGACAAUGCUAUUCAGCGCAACCCAGACCAAGCGAGUAUCCGAUUUGGCAAGGUUAAGUCUCCAAGACCCGGAAUACAUUUCAGUUCACGAAGCAGCCACGGCCGCAACUCCGCAAUCGCUUCAACAGAAUUACGUCGUCGCACCGUUACCGGAGAAACUCGAUACCUUGUGGAGUUUCUUGCAGACGGCGAAAAAGUCAAAGAUCAUCGUGUUCCUGUCUUCAGGGAAGCAGGUUCGAUUCGUAUAUGAGAGCUUCCGCAAGAUGCAACCCGGCAUCCCACUGCUGCAUCUCCAUGGACGACAGAAGCAAUUUGCAAGGCAUGAUAUCACCUCAAGAUUUGCCAAAGACAAGACGUGCUGUCUGUUUGCGACCGAUGUGGUUGCGCGAGGCAUUGACUUCCCUGCUGUCGACUGGGUUGUCCAGGUCGAUUGCCCCGAGGACGCCGACACUUACAUUCAUCGCGUCGGGCGAACCGCAAGAUACGAGCGAAAUGGUCGAGCCAUUCUGUUCCUCGACCCCACCGAAGAGGAAGGGAUGGUGAAGCGUUUAGAGCACAAGAAAGUGCCGAUUGAGAAGAUCAACAUCAAGGAGAAGAAGCAGAAGAGCAUCAAGGAUCAGUUGCAGAACUUGUGUUUCAAAGAUCCGCAACUGAAAUACCUCGGACAGAAGGCGUUCAGCUCCUACGUCCGAUCCAUCUACGUCCAGAAAGACAAAGAGGUGUUCAAACUGGGAGAGCUACCUCUGGAAGAAUUCGCGGCCAGCCUCGGUCUUCCCGGCGCCCCCCGAGUGAAGUUUAUGGAAGGAGACGACAUGAAAUCUAUCAAGAAUGCCCCGAGACGCGGCAUGUCUCCUUCCGAGGACGACACCGAGGAAGAAGAGAACGAUGCUAAAGAUGCCAAAGGAAAGGCAAAGGUGCGGACUAGGUACGACCGUAUGUUUGAGCGGCGUAAUCAAGACAUUCUGGCGGAUCACUAUACCAAGCUCAUCCGGCCGGAUGAAGAAGUAGACGAGUCAAAGCUGGCGGAAGACUUCAAUGGGGAGGCCGUCCAGGACGACUCCUUCAUGACUGUGAAACGACGCAUCGCUGUCGACGAGGACGGUAUUGGUGCGUCGUCAUCAGACGAAGAGGACGCCGCUUCGGGUGGAGCCGGGCUCCCCGUGAAGAAAGUGGUGGCCCUUGCCGGCGCUAAAGAACCGCUGCUCAUCGACUCCAAACGACGGGAGAAGCUGCUGAAAUCGAAGAAAAAGUUGCUGAACUUCAAAGACCACGGCAAAAAGAUCAUCUUCGAUGACGACGGCAAACCGCAUGAGGUGUAUGAGCUGGAAGACAUCGACACGUUCAAGGCGAAGGGUGGGGCUGAGGAGCAGCGGAAGACCUUCUUGGACGCGGAGAGGCAGCGGGUGCAGCUGGCGGAUGUGGAGGACAAGGCGAUGGCGAAGCAGAAGCGGAAGGACAAGCGGGAGAAGCAGCGAGAGCGGGAGCGGGAGGAGUUUGAAGAAGAAGCGAACGAGGAGGAGGAGUUCGGGGUUCAGCUAGGUGAUCGGCAUGCUCGACAUAUUCCGGUCGAUCUGGGAUCGGAUGAAUCGGACGAGGAGGUUGAGGCGCCUGUGAAACCAGCUAAGAGGCCGAAGAAGUGGUUCGAGGACAGCGAUGAGGAAGAGGGUGGUAAGCCUAGCAAGAAGCGGAGGAAGCAGAUGGAUAAUGCCCCUGAGACUUUGGAGGACUUGGAGGCUCUGGCUGCCGGGUUUCUGGGAGGGAAAUAGGGUUAGUCAUGAUUGUAGACAUGCAUUGAAAUUUCAUGAGAACUUCAAUAAGACCCAUUAAAGCCGUUAAAUGAAUUGAUCCG